CUAAUAGAACAACGGAAUAUUAUUUUUGAAACGCUAACGGAAUGUUCCAUGGUGCAUUCUAGGGCGGCGGCAAAGCAGCGUUGGAUGAGAGCCGAGUCUCGGAGCCCGCCCUCUUCCUCCUCCUCUCCACUGCCGCCGCCGCCACGAUCGCCGCCAAGCGUUUGAUUGAUGAGGAGCCAUGGGGGAGCCACAGCAGGGGCGCUAGCAUCGCGUGUGAUCGGUAGUGGUAGCAGCUAGUCAUGGAUCAUGGCGAGAGCAAGAAGAGCAAGGGGGGCGCUGGCGGUGGCGGAGUUGGAGGUGGCAGCAGCAGCCAUAGCAGCAAGAACGAAUCCUCGUCGUGCCACUUCCGGGGCGUUCGCAAGCGGCCAUGGGGUAAGUUCGCGGCGGAGAUUAGGGAUCCAUGGAAGAAGCGCCGGAUCUGGCUGGGCACCUUCGACACCGCCGAGGAGGCCGCCGAGGCCUACGACAACGCCAACCGAUCCAUGAGGGGCGCCAAUGCCGUCACCAAUUUCGCCACUCCCGCCACCGCCAGCGACGACGAUUCCAAGCCGCCCAAGGCCAAGUCCUCCAAAUCGUCCGCCAGUGGCGGCGGCGGGGGUGGCGGCGGCGGGGGAGGUAAUGGUGGUGGCGGCGGUUCUUCGAAGAAAAGCAAGAGGACUGCCGCGGCGGCGGCGGCGGCGGCGGCGGAGGCCACGACCAAGCAGUGAGAUCUCUCGGAUAAUUUUUUUCUUUGUUUCCUACUUCUUGGAUCGAGCGAUGGGAGGAUUUGACACACAGUUUCUGGGGAUCGCGUGGUUUUUAGCGGAGUGAAGUGUGUGUCCGAGGUGGUGCUCUCCGGUCUAACGCCACUGCCGUGCAAAUCUGUCCAGAGAGAUGAGAUGACGAACUUACCUCUUGUUUUAUUGUUGUCAAAUUAUAUAUACACUAUUCUCAAAUUCUUUGAUAGAA